AGAAGCAGGCCUUCGCCGUAGUAGGCUUCGGGAAAUUCGCGUGCUGGAGACGGGGUGCGCCGUCACCGCGCUUUCUGCAUCGGGUUACGCCAUCAUUCAUCCAGGGUCAUUCGGUUCACCGGGGUAACGGAGAUGAUGGCCACAUCACGGGCGCGCGUGCCUCCGUGCUCCUCAUGACCGACCGGCGGCGGCGGCGGCAGCAGCAGCAGCAGCAGCGUGCGGGUUUGGGUUUGUCUCACACCGGGCUGGCGUGGAUCCGAUCCCACCGUCUGGCGGAGCGUCUGCCAGGCUGAGUCACCACUGGAGUGUCUGAAGGGUCGGGAGAGAGAAAGUGAAGGAGGAGGCUGAGACGUUACAUCACAACGUGGCAGAGAUAGUGAGAGGAAGAGUGUGAGAGAACAGGAGAGCAGAGCGAGACGGCCGUAAGGGAGAGCGAGAGAGGAAGUCGAGCACUGGACUGACCCUUGAACUCUGACCUCGGAUCCAACAUGAACGAUCAGAACGUAGUGAAAGAGGGAUGGGUGCAGAAGAGAGGUGAAUACAUUAAGAACUGGAGACCGCGGUACUUCCUGUUAAAGAUGGAUGGGUCGUUUAUUGGAUAUAAAGAGAAGCCGCAAGAUGCAGAUCUGGCUUAUCCACUCAACAACUUCUCUGUGGCCAAGUGUCAGCUGAUGAAGACGGAGAGACCGAAGCCCAACACCUUCAUCAUCAGGUGUCUGCAGUGGACCACUGUGAUCGAGCGCACGUUUCACGUGGACACGCCUGACGAGAGGUACCACACACCCAAAUCAAAUUAUCUGUUUUUUCAUUUGUCGAGAGAGCGCGUAUUUUCGGAGGAUAGAACCCGUUUCUACGGCGCUGAGAUCGUUUCUGCGUUGGAUUACUUGCACUCUGCGAAGAUUGUUUACCGUGACCUAAAGCUGGAAAACCUGAUGUUGGAUAAGGACGGUCACAUAAAGAUCACUGAUUUCGGCCUGUGUAAGGAUCCUAAUCCUUCUAUCAUGUUUCUUUCUCAGUGUGUGCUGCACAUUUGGAUUUCAACCAGUCAUCACAAACGAAAGACAAUGAAUGACUUUGACUAUCUGAAGCUGCUGGGUAAAGGCACAUUUGGGAAGGUGAUUCUGGUGCGAGAGAAAGCCAGCGGCACAUAUUAUGCAAUGAAGAUCCUGAGAAAGGAGGUUAUUGUUGCCAAGGAUGAAGUUGCUCACACACUCACAGAGAGCAGAGUUCUGAAGAACACUAGGCAUCCGUUUCUAACUUCACUGAAGUACUCAUUUCAGACGAAGGAUCGUUUAUGUUUUGUUAUGGAGUAUGUGAAUGGAGGAGAGUUCUGCGGGACCCCGGAGUAUCUGGCCCCUGAGGUAUUGGAGGACAAUGAUUACGGGAGAGCGGUGGACUGGUGGGGUCUGGGAGUCGUUAUGUAUGAGAUGAUGUGUGGACGCCUUCCCUUUUAUAAUCAGGACCAUGAGAAGCUGUUUGAACUGAUUCUGAUGGAGGAGAUAAAGUUUCCCAGAACCCUCUCUGCAGACGCCAAGUCUUUACUGUCUGGAUUACUCAUCAAAGACCCCAAUAAGAGGCUCGGAGGAGGCCCGGAUGAUGCAAAGGAAAUCAUGAGACACAGUUUCUUCACUACGCAGCACUGGCAGGACGUCUAUGACAAAAAGGUAUAA